UAUUUCUUGGAUCUGGCAACCCGACCUGUCAGCGCUCAGUGAGGGAAGCUUGUUCGUGCUGUGGCUUCAACAUUUCACCAACACUUGAUCGAUCACAACGAGUCUUUUAUUUACCGAAGAUCCGAUCUGAAGUGAAGAGAUUAACUGAUUAAAGGGAUCUUGAGUUUUCAGCGCUGAUAUCGGGGUGCAGUUAUAAGGCCAGACGACACAGCACAGCUUCUCUAAGGGGGCGUCUCUAAAUUGCACAGAUGACCUUUGGCACCUGAAUCUCGGCGCUCUGUGACGUGUUGUGACAUCAUGUCUGCACGCAACGUCGCCAGCGAUCUUCUGCAGAGGAAGAUCAGGGAGAACAGAUCGCUGGAUUUUCAGAGACAUUAUCAUGUGACGGAUCCCCUAAUAAAGCGUCUGGGCCUGGAGGCGGAGCUACAGGGUCACACGGGGUGUGUCAACUGUCUGGAGUGGAAUGAGAAAGGAGAUUUGCUGGCGUCAGGUUCAGACGAUCAGCACGCCAUUAUCUGGGAUCCCUUCCGACACAGAAAGCUCAUCACUAUGCACACGGGACACGCGGCAAACAUCUUCUCGGUCAAGUUUCUCCCUCACUCAGGCGACCGGAUUUUGAUCACGGGGGCCGCAGACACUAAGGUGCACGUCCACGACCUGGAGGCGAAGGAGACCAUCCACAUGUUCUCGGAGCACACCAACCGCGUCAAACGCAUCGCUACGGCUCCCAUGUGGCCCAACGUCUUCUGGAGCGCAGCAGAGGACGGGAUCAUUCGGCAGUAUGACCUGCGAGCGAACAGCAAACGCUCGGAGGUUUUAAUCGAUCUGACGGAGUUUUGCGGGCAGCUGGUGGAAGCCAAAUGUCUGGCCAUCAACCCUCGUGACAACAACCAUCUCGCUGUGGGAGCCAGCGGGCCGUUCGUCCGGCUCUAUGACAUCAGAAUGAUCCACAAUCACAGAAAGACUUUGAGUCAGAGUACCUCGGCGGGCAUUCACACGUUCUGUGACAAGUGGAAGUCAAUACCAGACGGCGCUGGGCAGUACUACGUGGCGGGUCACUUGCCCGUCAAGCUUCCAGACUAUAAUAACAGAUUACGAGUUCUGGUGACCACUUACGUAACUUUCAGCCCUGACGGCACUGAGCUCCUGGUCAACAUGGGUGGAGAACAGGUGUAUUUAUUCGACCUGACGUUUAAACAGAGGCCCUACACGUUUCUCCUGCCCAAAAAGUGUCAUCCUUCAUCAGAGGUACAGAACGGGAAAACCACAAACGGCAUGUCCAAUGGAAUUCACCUUCCUGCCAGCCGCCUGCGAUUGGCUCAAGUCUCCAGUAACUGCACUGAUCUGCCGCCUCACCUGGAGAGCAUCAAGCAGCAGGCCAAUGAUGCGUUUGCCCGCCAGCAGUGGACUCAAGCCAUUCAGCUGUACAGCCUGGCCAUCCACAAAGCCAGUCACAAUGCCAUGCUGUACGGAAACCGCGCCGCGGCGUACAUGAAACGCAAGUGGGAUGGAGAUCAUUAUGAUGCUCUGCGAGACUGUCUGAAGGCUCUGACGCUGAACCCCGGACAUCUGAAAGCUCACUUCCGCUUAGCCCGAUGCCUGUUUGAGCUCAGAUACGUGGCCGAGGCUCUGGAGUGUCUAGACGACUUCAAAGGGAAGUUUCCAGAACAAGCACACAGCAGCGCCUGCGACGCCCUGGACAAGGACAUCAAAGCUGCUCUCUUCUCCAAAACUGAGUCCGCUGAGGACAGAAAGAGAGACGGCUCCGUCCGCUUCCACAACUUCAGUCGGAAAGAGACGAUUCCUGAGGACGAGAUCAUUCUGAGAGAGCGAAGCUCUGACUACAAACAUCGCUACUGCGGCCACUGCAACACCACCACUGAUAUUAAAGAAGCAAACUUCUUUGGAAGUAAAGGUCAGUAUAUCGUGAGCGGCUCUGACGACGGCUCGUUCUUCAUCUGGGAGAAAGAAACGACGAACCUGGUGCGGAUCUUACAGGGAGACGAGUCCAUCGUGAACUGCCUGCAGCCGCACCCCAGUUACUGCUUUCUGGCCAGCAGCGGAAUCGACCCCGUGGUGCGACUGUGGAACCCCAGACCAGAGACGGAGAGCGAGAACUGUCGUGUGGUGGAGGACAUGGAGGGGGCGGCACAGGCCAACCAGAGACGCAUGAACGCCGAUCCGCUGGAGGUGAUGCUGUUGAACAUGGGUUACCGCAUCACGGGUCUGAGCAGCAGAGGCACGGACGCGUCAGACGAGGACGACAGCUCUGACGGUCAGGUUCAGUGUCGCUCCAGCUAGAACUCAGUCUUCCAUCACAGACCUCCAGCUGCAACCGUACCGCCUUGAGAAGAGGGGGAAAGCACCUUAGAUUUCUUCUUUUUCAUUUCAGUUCUUACACACGACGGCGAGGGAAUGAACGCACGGAGAAGCUUCUCUCAGUCCUUCACAAACAAAACCUCCCGUCCGCUCUUUCCCACGGAGAGGUGCGCACCUCAGUGAAGUCAGAGCUCUUACAGCCCAAGCAAAAGCGUUGGCGUACGGUCAGGUCAAAGCUCGCUUACAAUGCGCUCGGUGUUCUCUCUAACGCAGGGCUUGCAAACAGACGCUGCAUCGUCUUCAGUUCUCCAUUGUAUUCUUUUCGAACGAACGAACGUGAUGAUGAGCGUCGGACGACAGUACGUUUAAUGAACUGCGGCACUUUCUUUUCAGUCUAUUCUGGAGUUUUUUUGACUGCUCGGCAGGUUUGCUGGGGCUGAGCGUGUUCUGUUGUUUAGGAUGUUCAUGGUCAGAUGUUUUAUUUUGUACCUUUAUCUUCACUUCUUGGAAAGCCAAAUGCUGCUCUGUCGUCUAAACCUGAGAAGAUUACACGCGUGAAGUUCUUGUGUUCAAUUAAGACGCUUGCAGAUGAAUGAAAGCCAACUGAAAUUUGCUCUCUGUGUCCGAUUUAAACACCUAAUAAUUAUUAUGGCUUGAAUAAGAAUUAAUUCUGCACAGAAGGAAGGAUAUAAAUAAAGAUAAAAGAUGAUAUUUUUGCAUUGUAUAAUGAGUGUUGGUCUAAUUCCACUGAUGUUCAGAAACUGUCUGUGUCACAUCAGUCUGUUUGUUUCUAUAUUUUCGGUUCGGUGAUUUCAAGUGCAGUUUAAUGCAAUGUUUGAAAAAAAUAAAUGACACUUUUGAGUUCUGCAACAGCUUUGUGUUUGCUCUUAUAACCCUUUGUGUUGUUUUUUCAAAGAGGAACACGCCAUACGACUAAAAUCUCAAAUCUGCGUCAGUCUGUCUUUUUUUCAGUCGCUCUUAACACUGUGUGUGCAGACUGGAUACAACAAGUCCAGAUUUGAUUCCUUAUUUCACUGUACUGGAAGAGCCACUUUCAUCCACAGUCUUAAAUAAACUCAUGUUCUUUACAAAUAUU